UGCUCGGCACGGUGCAAGUUCCAACGGCGACGCUUACCCUAUCUUGACGUCUAGCGUCGACGCUGUCACGGUCACAGCUAAACUUAGUUUUUGCACGAAAAACCGAGGCGCGAAUUCGUCGGCUAAUCUCGUGAGCGUGGUCGCCUCCGCCGCUCGCGUUGCCUCCGGCUGCCCCAUCCGCGCCGUAGUCAUUACCAUCGUGGAUGUUGUUGCAGUCUAUCGGCGGAUAUCGGAGAACGGUUUAAACGCUGCUCGGCAAACGAGUGCUCGCGGACCUCGGCAGAGCGGGCCAUAACAAUUGAAUCGUUUGACCCGUUUUAAUUGGCAAGUUACACCGCCGCGAAUGGGAUGCGCGCCAGUAAACGAAGCGCCCGCUAGUUCACAGUGCCGUCGAUCCUAUCGUAGGGGAAUCGUCGCCGGGAGUGCGUCCUCGGCGUCCGCGAUAUUCGGAAACUAAACGUCGUGGAACUGGACAUUGCACGAGGACAGCUCACUCGUUGGCGAUUCUCCGUGGUAUUCUCGUCCGUGUUGCUGAAGCGAAGCUGACAGCCUUGGAGUUCCAUUCGACGAUACGUUCGAAAUUUCGUCCUCCUGAGCACGAUCGAUCGACCGGAAGCAAAAGAAAAUGGUGACGAACGGUGAAAGCAGUGGGAAAAUCUCGACGAUAAACGUGAGAACCGACGACGCGGACGAAACGGCCGACAUCGAGAAAGCUAUAUCGACGGCAGGCUAUGGUACGUUCAACGUGUUGCUGUUGCUGGCGGCUCUGCCGGUCGCGUGGGCCGGCAUCUUCGACACCACCACCACCGCCUUCGUCAUUGCAUCCGCCGAGUGCGACCUCAGGCUCACUUACUUCGAGAAAGGGACGCUCUGCGCGUCACCCUUCCUAGGCAUGGCGUUGACCAGCUUCGUCUGGGACCAUCUGACACCGCACGUCGGAAUGCGAAACUUGUUCAUCCUCGGCCUCCUGGCGGACUCGGUUCUAAAUCUACUCGCUAGCGCUGUCGACUCUUACUACGCGUUUCUGGCCAUCAGGUUUUUCAACGGCGUUCUCGCGGGUGGGCCUUUCUCGAUGGUGAGCACCUACCUCUCCGAGUUUCACUCGCCAACCUACAAAGCGAGCUUCACCAGGUGGGCAGGCCUAGCUAUGAACGCGGCGAUCGUUAUUCCGGCAGUCCUCGCGUUCAUCAUCACCCCGCUGUCGUUGACCGUCAACGUGUUCAACCACCGAUACACCAGCUGGCGGAUUUACCUGUUGAUCUGUUCGAUCGUGCCGGUUUUCGGUCUGGUGACAGCCAGCACGCUGCCGCAGAGUCCCAAGUUCCUCGUGGAGAACGGCAGGCCCGACGAGGCGUUGAAUCUUCUCCGAAGAAUGUACGCCAUGAACAAGAGGAAGCCGGCAAACACGUUCCCGAUCAAAGCGUUGCUCGUGUGGGAGAACGGGCCGGCGUCGCGGCGCUCCGUCUUUGAAACGAACUCCGAGAAGAUACGCGUCGCCUGUUACAACACGAAACUUUUAUUCUCCUCCCCGUACUCGCGCGCCUUCGCCUCCCUCAACUUCCUCCAAUUCGGCAGCAUGCUGGGAUUCAACACGAUGAGACUCUGGGUGCCGCAUCUCUUCAUCAUUCUGAACAACUUCGACAAUAAGAUGUGGACCAAGGACAGAUCGCCGACCAUGCGCGAGAUGUUGGACCGUCGGAUGACCAUUCCGGCCAGAGACUACUUGGACUGUCCAAAUUUCGACGAGAUCUGCAUGACGUGGAACAUCAACCCGGCGGUAUAUCAAAAUUCCGCCAUCAUCGCGCUCUCGGCGGUUGUGUUCUCGUUCCUCGCUGGCUUCAUCACCACCUCGAAGUUUAGGAAGAAAGCAAUAAUGCUCGCCGCUUUCCUCAUAUCGGUGAUAAGCAGCUUCGGAAUGAACUGGUCGCAGUCACCUCCCUACAUGCUGACGCUGGCGUCCGCCAUUAUCGUGACGACGAGAAUAACGGGUAAUAUCGUUACCGCCGUGAACAUCGACGUUAUUCCUAUUCCACUAAGGUCCACCAGUCUGAACGUGCUGGUCACCGUUGGCAACGUGGCCGCUGUCCUGGGAAAUUUCAUUUUCUCCGCGUUGCUGGACGUGGAGUAUCUGGUCGGGAUCAUGGGGAUAGGUUGCCUGUUGUUCGCCUGCUUCUGCCUGUCCCUGUUUCACCCGAGGCCGGUUAAGAACCACCCGCAGAAGAACCACUCGAUCUCGAACGCGUAACGC